AUGGCGCCCACCAGCGCAGACACUCGCGACGCUGCCGCGCUCGUCGACCUUAUCCGCGAGAGGCUGGCGUUCAAGGCGAUGCCUGCCAGCGCCCUCGCUGGCGCAGCGAUGGCUGGCCCGGGCCCCCAGCCGACGGGGCAGCCGAGGAAACGGCAGAAGUGCGCUCUCUUACCUUGGUUCUUCCUCCAGAGGGACUGGGGCUGGCUCGUGAGUGCAGAGCUGAGCGUCGCGGCGAAGAUCUCGCUGGUCGCCCACCGAAUGUGGCCGUUGGGGAUAGUGCGCCCGUCUGAGGGAUUUCGGAAGCAAGGCGUCGCCAUCGUGAUCUGCCGCGACACCGCCCUGGCCAAUGUCAUUGGCUCCGAGAGGAGGCGCCUCGCAUUGCGGCUGAAGGAUGCCGUCCGAGGUGCAGCCAAGCCCCGAACCCACGGCCGCGCCUUGGCGUGCCCGCGCGUCCCCGAGAUGCCUAGCAUACCGGUGCGUGCGUUCGCCUGCGAUGCUGACCAGCCCGUGCCGCCGCCGCAGAGCGUCCUCGAGAUCUACGACAGCGUUCUCCGUGGCGUUUGCAUUCGCGCCGCGUCUGGGCAUGUCGCUGGUGACAGCGCGGGAUGCAGCUCGCACUCGCAGGUGGGCCUGGGAGCGCAGGCGCGCAGCGUGCGCAGCGUCGCCCAGCAGGCGUUCGGGGCCCAGAUGCAGUUGAUGGCCGCGCAGUUCCCCAUCGAUGUUUCCAGGGGCGUCGCGAUCCCUCUUCGUGCUGCAGCUGCUGGCGCUAGUGGCCGCGUGGACGAACAGCCGCUGUCUCGGCCGCGCGCCCUGGCGGAUGGCGCCGUCGAGAGCCAUGGCUCGCUUGCUGCGGCGACGGGGACGGCGACGCCUGCGACCGCUGCGUCUGGGUCGGCCGCGGGGGCGCUAGCCGAGUUGGAAGCCCACGUGGCCGUCGCCGCUUCAGGUGCCGCGGCAGCGUCCAAGGCCAAGGUCGAGGAGAAAGCGCAGGAGAAGGCCAGCGGGGAGGUCAUGGGCAAGGCCGCGGGCACCAUGGUCGCGCCGACCCGCGGCAAGCCCGCGGCCGAGUCGGGGAACGCGCCGGGCGGGGACCUCAUGCUACUGCAUCUCCGUGGAGAUGCGCUCGCGCGCGUGGCGCGCCCCGCCAGCUCCGGAGCCGCAAAUGCGACGGAAGGGGCCAGCGCGUCGGCCAGCACCGUCCGAGCGUCGAGCAGCGGGGCGCAGUGGCGCGGCCUCGGCGGGGUGGUCGAUUGCGUCUCCCAUCCAGGGAAAGAGCGCAAGAUCGACGUUGCUAGGGCCGCGGUUGGUUAUGCUUUUUCUGCUUCGGACAUCGAUCAGGCGCCACAAACCGUCGAAGAUGCCGCGAAAUGGAUUGCGGCCGCGUCCGUGGCGGAGGCGCGCGCCGGCGGUGUCGCUGCGGCUGGCUUCGUGGUGGGCUUCGUCCCUGCUGCUGGGCCGCCCGUGGCGCCCGUGGUGCUGCCCUUGCCCUUGGACUUGGCCUCCGCGGCCGCCCUCUGGGCUGCGAACUUCGCCUCGCGCGGCGACCACCCGAACGCGGUGGCGUACAGCGUGGCGAUCGACGCGUUGUCGCAGGGCGGGCAGUGGAUGGCCGCCGUGGCGCUGUUCGCGCGAAUGCGGGCCAGCGGCCUCGCGCCAGACCUCGUGGCCUACAGCGCCGUCAUCAGCGCAUGCCACGGCGGCAACCAGUGGAAGUUCGCUUGCGCCUUGCUGGAGGCCAUGCGGAAAGACGCUGUGCUGCCCAACGUGGUCUCGUACAGCGCGGCAAUCAGCACGUGCAAGAGCGCCCACGAGUGGGCUUGGGCGCUCGCCUUGCUGCAGGAGAUGCAGCUCCACGGCGUGCGGCCGAACGACGUUGCCCUCGCCACCGCGGCCCACGCGUGCCAGAACGCAGGCCAACACGCCCUGGCGGAGCAGCUGUUCCGCAAAAUGAGUGGGCCGCUGCUGUCCGAGGCGCCAGCUGCGGCCGCCCGCGAGCCGCCAGCGGCGGCGCCGGCCGCCCCUCGGACGCCGCCUGCGGCGCCCGGGCCGCCCUCCGCGGCGAGUGUCUCCAGGCCGCCCGGGCCGCCCGGACCGCCUCCGGAGGGCGCCGCUCCUGCGCCGCCAGGGCCGCCGCCAGCGGCUGCGGCCGCGCCCAGGCCGCCAGGGCUACCCCCGGCGGCGGCCGCUCCCGGGCCGUCCGCCGCGCGGGCGCAGGAGGUGGCGCCCACGCCGCCAUCGCCCGCAGCUCUGCCCGCGCCCGCCGGGCCGCCGGUGGCCGAGGCGGCAGCCAUCGGCGACUCCUCCACCGCCAGUGGGCCGCUCAGCUACCGGAGGCUGGAGAACGGCAAUGCGCUCAUGGACCUCCACGGCUUACCGGUGGAGGUUGCGAAGAUCGCGGUGCAGGUGGCGCUCGAGGACCUCCUCUUGAGCUCCUUCAGCGGAGAGGAGAUCGGUGAUCUGAUCAUCAUUACCGGCGUCGGCAAGCACAGCCCCGGGGGCGUCGCCAUGGUGAGACCCGCGGUGAUCGAGUUUCUGCGCGACUCGCUAUGCAUCUCGGGGCGGACACGCCGCGCGACGGCCCGGGCCGGCUGCGCGUGCCAGCGUCGGAGCUGA